CGAAGUUGUAAUAGGCUGCGGGCGUGUAACUUUAUGAAACGUGUCCAAGUCGCGACAAAGUCUACAAUUGCAGCAGACAUCUCAAACACGAACGUUUCUUACCGCUGCGCUUCACUGAAUUGCUCUCCCUUCAUUGCUCAUUCGAGGUUGGCUACUACUGACGAUUAACUCAGCCUCUCACAGAUGUCUGAGGAUGAUGAUCGCGCCGCGAAGGCUGCUCGGGCAAAGGCCUUGCUUGACAAGCGACGACGAAAGAAAGUUGCUGGCAGCGGCGCGUUAGCAAGUCCACCUCCGUCGAGGUCAUUCACUCCUGCUCUACAAGAGUCUGCACCCUCUACGGAGGACACCAAGAAUGAUGUUGCUGACCUCUUCACACCAGCAGAUUCGGACGCGAACUGGAUCGAAUCUCUGUCUAGGGUGGACGUGCCGCGCUCGACAGCUUCCAAUGAUCUGCCGCCAUAUGCACCUGCUUCGUCAUUUCUUUCUGGGCAAGCUGAUGCGUUGCAGUCUCAGGUGACAUCUCUGCAGACAACAGUUGCUUCUGUUCAAAGUGAGAACAGCAGCUUACGGAGUUCGCUAAGUCGCCUAGAAGCACUCGGGACAGACGCCAAAGCCCAGCUAAAGAAGCUCGAAGAAGAAAAUAGCACACUUAAGCUUCAGCUUCAUCAGGAACAGCAGCGUGCUCAAGAUACGUCGAGACGUGUAGAGGUGGUGGUCCAAGAGAAGCAGUUACUGGAAGACGUGCACCGCUCAAGUCAAGCAGAGAUUCUGCGAUUGAAGUCGCAGGCUGAUGAGCUUCGCCGGAGUCAUGCAAAGGAACUUGAUGAUCACAGCCGCAUAGCGAAUUUACACAAGGAAGAGGCCGAGAGGCUUUCAAACCAGCUCAGUGCAGCACGCGUUGAAAUACAAGACUGUCACUCUAAAGAGGUGGAGUCCACUAAACGCCGCAAUGAGCAGGAUGAAAACCACCAGAAAACCAUUUCCCUCCUUGUUUCAGAAAAGACAUCAUUGCUGGCUUCAGUUGCUCGCCUGGAGGAGCUCGAGAUGGAGACACAAGAGAAGGGUGAAUUGCUCCAUGCUGAGCGCGAAAAAUCGCAGUCGCUCGACGAACGCGUCAAAGACCUGGAGAGCAGUUCCUCUAAGCUCAACAUGCAGUUACAAGAAGCCCUAGUACGAGAAAGAGACCUGGCUGAAAAGUCGCGAGAUCAAGAAAGAGAACUACAGCUUCUCAAUGCUUCUCUGGAGGAAGUGAGGUCUACAUCCGAACAGCAUCGACAACGCGUUCGCGAACUCGAGGAGCAAAUAGAAAGUGAUGAUCGUGCCGAACGGCUGGAGGAGUCACUCAAGAACACUCAGGAUCGCGCCGAAGAGCUUGAGUUUCAGCUCUCUAAGCUCAAACAGGCAUGUAGCCAUUUAUCUCUCCAUCCGCUAAAGGAUGAACUACAGUCCCAGCUUCAAUUGCGGAAUGAUAGCGAAACCGAAUGGAAGGCUAAGCACGCAAAUCUCGAGGAGCAACACUUAUCCCUCCAAGAGUGUGUCCACUCUGCCAACCAAGAUCGCGAUGCGUUGCUUGAAGAGCGCUCGUCACUCCAGUCUCAGGUUAACUUCAACCAAGGCGCGAUCAAGCAGCUUCAGCAAAAGCUUGGUGAGGUCGCGUCGGAGUUAUCGUCGAGCGACCGUGCUCUUCAGAAUGCCCAUAGCGACCUGAGGGUUGCCAAUCGGCGAGCUGAAGAAGCCGAGAGGACACAAAAAGAUCUGCAAACAGAAGGAACAAGGUUAAUGCAAUCUCUGGACGAGAUGCGACCCAAAUUUGUGGAGCUUACCUCCACCAAAAUGGAUUUGAUGGAACGAAUCGACAAGCUUGAGCAUGAAAAGAAUUCACGAGAUACUUUCAUCUCGAAGCUCGAAAAUGCGCUUGGCGAGGCGAUGGAGCGGGAGGCCGAGGCGGAUCGAGUUCACAAAGAAGCAGACUCGAUGUAUGAGAAGGACAAAGUCUCACUGCAGCAAUCGAUCAUUGAGCUACAGCAGGGCUAUGCCGAACUGCAGGCUGAACUAGAGUCAUCGCAAGCGGCAGUGCUCAGUUUGGAGGGGGAUCGUACACAGCUGCGACAAAUCGAGGCGCGUCAGCUAGAAAUCAUUGACCGCCUCUCCGCGGAAUCCGACCAGCACUCACAAGUAAUGUCCCGCUUGGAGUCGGACCUUCGGUCAUAUAGGAACCUUGACGAGGAACACCGCGCCUUCAUUGAACGAUCCAACUACGAGCAUGAAGCUCUACGGACAGAGUUGAACGCCAAGGAUGAUGAGAUAGAGCACCUUCGAACCUCUUCAUCAGACGAGGCUGCUCCUCGUUCACUGGAUGACGAGAUGGUCGGUGCACACAGAGUCCAACAUGCUAUGGAUCUCUCCAAUGCCAACUCCCAAAUUCGCGCUUUGGAGACUGCCGUCUUCGAAGCUCAGGCAAAGUCGCAUAGCCUGCAGAAGCAAAUUGGCAUCUUAGAAGAUCAGCUCGCACAACAGCGCUCCACGUCGAGAGCAACCUCAAGACCGUUUUCUCCCGGAGUGCCAGUCAGACCCUCCAGUCGUACUUUUAAUCCUACCGAUUUACGACGUGGGUCUUUCUCUCACAGAUCAAGCAAUCUUGCCCCGCCUUCCCCGCGGACUGUUUUUGACGUUGGACUCUCACCCGAAACUCGUCACAAGCGUCAAGUUAGUCUUGGUAUGUUAAAAGCGCGCAUUGAUAGCGAGGUCGCAGCAUCAGCUGGUGGCUAUCCUUCGUCGCGACAGCUUUCCCCUGUUCCACAAGGCAACGAAGGAACGUCGGGACGGGAGCCUGACUCUCCUUCCUGGCAUUCACAGCACAUACACCGGCGGCCACAGUUUAUGGACGAGUCACACAUAUUUUGGUGUCAUUCGUGUGAUGGAGAGUUAGUUAUCCUAUGA